AUGGUGCUUAAUUUGGAAAACCAGAGUACGGUGACCACAUUCAUACUUUUUGGUUUCUCAGAAUACCCAUACCUACACCGUCCUCUGUUUCUCUUGUUUUUUACCAUCUACACAGUUACUCUGAUAGGUAACAUGGGCAUAAUCGUGGUCAGAAGGAUCAAUCCCAAGCUCCACACACCCAUGUACUUUUUUCUGAGCCAUCUUUCAUUUUUGGAUAUUUGUUAUUCCAGUGUAUUUACACCUAAACUGUUAGAAAUCUUGAUCGUGGAAGACAGGACUAUCUCUUUUAAAGGAUGCAUGACACAGUUUUUUUUUAUUUGUGCAUUUGUGAUUACAGAAAUGUUCAUGUUAGCAGUCAUGGCCUAUGACAGGUUUGUAGCUGUUUGUAACCCUCUACUCUACACGGUUUCAAUGUCACCUAAGCUCUGUGGUUUCCUUGUGGCUGGAACAUAUAUGUGGGGUGUACUCUGUUCCUCUACUAUAACAUACUCUCUUCUGCAACUCUCCUACUGUGGACCUAACAUCAUUAAUCACUUUGGCUGUGAGUACUCUGCCAUUCUCUCUUUGUCCUGCUCUGACCCAACAUUCAGCCAAGUGAUAUGUUUAGUCAUUUCCAUAUUCAAUGAGACUUGCAGCCUCCUCAUCAUCCUGGCCUCCUAUGUCUUUAUAGUUGUCACAAUCAUCAGGAUGCCUUCUAAGGGUGGACUCCAAAAGGCAUUCUCCACUUGCUCCUCCCACCUGACUGCCAUCAGCAUCUUCCACGGGAUCAUUCUUCUUCUCUACUGUGUGCCCAACUCCAAAAACUCCUGGCUCGUGGUCAAAGUGGCAACCGUGCUCUUCACUGUGAUGAUCCCCAUGCUGAACCCGCUCAUCUACAGCCUUAGGAACAAAGAUGUGAAGGGGACAGUCAGAAGUCUCCUGAGCUUAAAACUUCAUUCUAGUGCAACGUGA